AUGCCUAACCCAAUGCCCAGCCUUGAAGAAGAAGUGGACUCGUGGAAGAAGAAAGGGAAACACUCCAAGCGCCCCAGAUCCGAGGAGGAAUACCUGGCACACUGCCUCGUCAUGCUCGCCAACAGCGGCCAUGACGGACCGACUCCAGUACCGGUAGCGGUGGAGGCACCACCCGCCCUCACUUACCGCUGCUCUGUCUGCGACAAGGCCUUCCCCUCCUAUCAAGCGCUCGGUGGUCACAAGGCCAGCCACAAGAAGACCACCGACUCAGGCGACCAAUCGGCUGAGCGCGCCAAGGUUGCCAAGAUCCACCAGUGUUUCGUCUGCUUAAAGCUCUUCCCCACCGGCGAGGAGCUUGGUGGCCACAAGCGCUGCCACUGGGACGGAAGAGUCGCCACUUAG